ACUUACGUCUGUGAUGAAUCAAGGUUUGCUGCACUAGGCCUUGAUAUGAAAGAUUUCCAUUACUGUGAUUCCUCAGCCCCAUAUGAGGUUCGGGCGAAGGAUUUAGUAGACAGAAUGACUCUGUCAGAAAAGGUGAUGCAGACCGGAGACCAAGCUUCCGGGGUGGAAAGAAUAGGAUUGCCCAAGUACAAUUGGUGGUCGGAGGCCCUCCACGGCGUGUCUAACUUCGGCCGGUGUGUCUUCUUCGACGAAGUUGUUCCGGGAGCCACCAGCUUUCCCACUGUAAUCCUCUCAGCUGCAUCUUUCAACCAGUCGCUGUGGAAAACCCUUGGCCAGGCGGUUUCCACUGAGGCAAGAGCCAUGUACAAUUCAGGGAACGCGGGGUUGACAUUUUGGAGUCCAAACGUCAACGUAGUGCGGGAUCCCAGAUGGGGAAGAAUCCUCGAGACGCCCGGGGAAGAUCCUCAUCUCGUUGGUUUGUAUGCUGUUAAUUACGUUAGAGGCCUGCAGGAUGUUGUGGGAGCUGAGAACACCACGGACUUGAACUCUAGGCCCCUCAAGGUCUCUUCAUGCUGCAAGCAUUAUGCUGCCUAUGAUCUUGAUAACUGGAAGGGCGCGGAUCGGGUGCAUUUUGAUGCAAGGGUUUCGGUGCAAGAUAUGGCUGAGACGUUUGUUCUUCCAUUUGAGAUGUGUGUGAAAGAGGGUGAUGUUAGCAGUGUGAUGUGCUCUUACAAUAAAAUUAAUGGAAUUCCUUCUUGUGCUGAUUCAAGACUCCUCAAACAGACCAUUAGAGGAGAAUGGGAUCUUCAUGGAUACAUAGUUUCGGACUGUGAUUCAGUGGAAGUGAUGGCGGUUGAUCAAAAAUGGCUGGAUAAUUCGUUUAGCGAUUCUGCUGCACAAGCCCUAAAUGCAGGCAUGAACUUGGACUGCGGUACAUUCAACAAUCGUUCCCUGACUGAAGCAGUGAACUUAGGGAAAGCCAACCAGGCUGACCUAGACCACUCACUGAGGUACCUCUAUGUUUUGCUGAUGAGGGUGGGGUUCUUUGAUGGUAUCCCGGCUUUUGCCUCUCUUGGAAAGGAUGAUAUCUGCAGUGCUGAACACAUCGAGUUAGCAAGGGAAGCUGCAAGACAAGGAAUCGUUCUUUUGAAGAACGAUAAUGCGACUUUGCCACUGAAAUCUGUUAAGAAUAUAGCGCUUGUUGGGCCUCAUGCUAAUGCCACUGAUGCUAUGAUCGGAAACUAUGCAGGUAUCCCAUGCUACUAUGUCUCCCCACUUGAUGCCUUUUCCUCAAUGGGAGAAGUGAGAUACGAGAAGGGAUGUGCUGAUGUUCAAUGUCUGAACGAGACCUACACCUUCAAUGCCAUGGAAGCUGCAAAGCGAGCAGAUGCUACGAUAAUUUUUGCAGGGACUGAUUUAUCCAUUGAGGCUGAGGCCUUGGACAGAGUGGAUCUCCUGCUUCCAGGCUACCAAACUCAGCUGAUCAAACAAGUUGCCGACCUUUCCACCGGUCCUGUGGUUCUUGUGAUCAUGUCUGGUGGCGGUGUCGAUAUUUCCUUUGCUCGGGACAACCCGAAAAUCGCUGCCAUCCUGUGGGCCGGUUAUCCUGGUGAGCAAGGAGGCAACGCCAUUGCAGAUGUUAUCCUUGGGAAAUACAAUCCUGGAGGGAGAUUACCAAUCACAUGGUAUGAAGCAAAUUAUGUUGAUAUGCUGCCCAUGACAUCUAUGGCCCUGAGGCCAGUUGAUAGCUUAGGGUAUCCAGGGAGGACAUACAAAUUCUUCAAUGGCUCCACUGUCUACCCAUUUGGCUAUGGAAUGAGCUACACCAACUUCUCCUACUCACUGUCAACUUCCCAAAGGUGGACCAACAUCAACUUGAGAAAGCUCCAAAGGUGCCGCAGCAUGGUUUACAUCAACGAUACUUUCGUACCAGACUGUCCAGCAGUUCUGGUUGAUGAUUUAAGUUGUAAGGAGAGUAUUGAGUUUGAGGUUGCAGUGAAGAAUGUGGGGAGGAUGGAUGGAAGUGAAGUGGUUGUUGUUUACUCAAGCCCUCCAUUGGGGAUUGCUGGGACUCAUAUCAAGAAAGUGGUUGGAUUUGAGAGGGUUUUUGUGAAGGUAGGAGGUACAGAGAAGCUGAAGUUUUCUAUGAAUGUCUGCAAGAGCUUGGGUAUUGUGGACAGUACUGGUUAUGCCCUUUUGCCUUCUGGUUCUCACACCAUCAAGGUUGGGGGUGAAAAUACAACUUCAGUCGCGUUUCCUUUUCAUGUCAACUACAUUAAUUAA